AUGUCCAGCAGUGAGAGUAGCACUAGUAGUUCCAGUAGCUCUGGCGGCAGCGGCGGCGGCAGUAGCCCUAACAAUCAUCCAACAAGUACUCAAUGUAUACGUCAUGCUGGAAGGUGCUUGGAGUUCUUAUGCCGAAGUUGUAACUUGUUGCUGUGUGCCAAUUGUGCAGUGGGCGCAGAUCACCGUGGCCAUGUGAUCGAUGACAACGAGACUAUUGCAGCUGGCUUGGCUGUGGCUGGCGGUAACGCCAGUCUCGGCUACAUGAAGCGCAUGGAUGAGCUGUGGCGCCAGCUCAAACUGUGCAGCCAGGCCAUUGCCCAGAGCCGCAGCAACGAGUGCGCCAUCACCAGCUACUACCGCGACCUCCAUGAGUUCAUUCGCCUGGAGGAGCAUAAAGUCAAGAGGCCGCUGGUGGAAGAGCGCGAGAAGACCUCUGCCAUGCUACAGUCAAUCGUACUCGAGAUCAGUUCAAUCAACAACAUACUAAUGUCGGUCCAUGGACGCGGCAACAUCAUUGGCGGCACUGGAAAUGGAAAUGGCAACGGCAACGGUAAUGGCAAUGGCAACAUAUAUGGCGUCAACAAUAGUGUGGUGGACAGACUAAGAAGUGACAGCCGAAUGUUUGAUCAGGCUGUGGUCGAGGAGGACUAUCUCAAUGGUGUAAUUGAGACCGUGAGCAAGUCACACACGGUAAAUGAAUGGAUCCAGCAGGGCGGCAACACAUACCUCUCGAGGAGCGACCACCCCCUCAUCUGCCAAUACUUCCAUCACAAUGUGAUGGCAUCAGAGAAUGCGCCACUGUCUGGCGCGCAACCGGCCACUAUCCAGGUUCGCUUUGAGGACCGUGUGCUGCGCGACAUCAAGAUCCUGCUGCACCAGUUGUGUCAGAUCUCUGAUGAGAAUGGCAACUACCCCUCCAGUGACAUGGGCAUCGGUCUAGGCAUUGGCAUGGGCAUGGGCGUUGUGGCGCAUGGCCACCAACAGGCCAAUGGAAUGAUGACAAGGAGUAACAACGCAAACAAGCUACUGUCAUUGGGUCCAAACGGUUGCCAUCUGUAUGAUAUUGUAACUGGCAAGUGGUCCAAGCAAGAGGCGGACCGAGAGAAAAGACACUACCCAACAUGUUCCCUUGUCACUGCCAAAGACUACAUCUUUGUCUUUGGCGGCAACGAAGAUUCCACAUCCUUUGCACGCUACUCAAUCAUGACAAUGAAGUGGGAUCACUUUGGUCAAAUCACAACUGGCGAUGGAGGCUACGGCAUCAGCACAUGCUUUGAUGGUGUAAAGUAUAUAUACUUGGUUGGAGGACUAUACAAAGGAGUGUAUUUGACUCGUGUCGAUAGGUUUGACAUUGAUACGAUGGAGUUUACUCGCAUUGGUGACAUUGGUCAGUGUCGUUACUACAGCCACAGCUUCAUACAUAAUGGUCUGGUACACAUUGUCAGUGGCUACAACGACCUAUACGCAUGCCAAUCAAUUAUAACCUACAACCCUCAGGAGCUUACCUGCCAGUACUUGAUCGACGACGUUGGUUUCCAUGAGUGGAUCAUUGCCAGUUGCUUCGAUGGCACUGACCUGGUCUAUGUGCUGGACGCCAAGAACAACUUCUUCUCAAUCAGUCUGGCCAAUAAGAUCAAGUGCAACCUGCCCUCGCCCAAGACCUCCAAGUCUUCCAAGCAUCUUCAAUUCAAACAUUCAAUGAUCUACCUAGCAGAGAGCGCGCCCAAACAAGGUGGCACGAUCCUCUUUGUUGGUGGCAGUCGUCAUGGCACACACCUCUUUAGCAUCCAAAGCAAUGAAUGGUGCAAGCUGGCUGAGAAAGAUGAAGUCGACCGUCGUUACAAUGGUCUAGUGCGUGUGGCAUUACAAUAA